CAUAGAGAAAGUCUUGAGUUUUGUGCAAAAUGAAAUACAUUGUGAUCCUUUUCGUCUUCGGUGUCCUUUGCCAAAAUAUCCUUGCAAGAGGAAUUUACUUACCACAGGGCAAUACAGUCUUAGAUGAUUUUGAACGAAGACUGGUGAGACUGGAAUCUCGGCAGUUCUCCGAUAGCGAAAACCUAGAGCACAGGAUGCUCCAACUGGAAAUGCAGUUGGGAAAUCAAAAAGGAGAAGAAAAGCCGGAAAUUAGUCAAAUUGAACGAAAUUACUAUGAAAUUUCAAAAGUGGAAAAGCAUGACGAGGAAAUGACAUUCCUUCAAAGACUUGAGAAAGUGGAGAAGAAUUGGGAGAAGGAUCUGAAAGAGAAACUGACGGAAUUCUCCUCGAAGUAUGAGAACCUAUCAGAGAGACUCUUAGAUAUUGAGGAGCAUAUAGAAAAGCAAAAUGAUCAUCAAAAUAAUCAGGAUACGGAGAGCACAUCUGUUGAAGAAAAUAGCAAUUCUGAAGAGCAUAAAUUGCAGACAAUUGGUAGCAAUUCUGAAGAGAAUAAAUUCCAGACAAUUGGUUCAAAGUCAUAUUACAUUGAAGAUAAUCGAACAGUCACCUGGACUACGGCUGUGAUGAAAUGUCGGGAUAUGAACGCACACCUGGUAAGUCUCCAAAACGAAGACGAGUGGAAUGCUUUGAGGGAGAAUCUGAACCAGGAGCACAGCUAUUGGACUGACAUCAACGACCGUGCCGAAGAGAACGAGUUCGUAUCCGAAACCACCGACAGGAGAGCUCCUUUCCUUCAGUGGGAUGAGAACGAACCGAAUUCCAGUCCCGGAGCCGAGGAUUGCGUUGAGUUGAGGUCUGAUCAUGAUUUCAGGAUGAAUGACGUGUAUUGCCUUGAAUUUAAAUAUUUCAUUUGCGAAAAGCGUAACAACGAUAAUUACGAAACUACCGAGGAAUAAAUCAUUUUUCUUUUUUUUUAUGGUCUAAAUCAUUCUUUUUACAAUGGUCUGAUCAAGAGGACCUAUUAAACUUGUACAGCUAAAAAUUUAUCCAAAUUAUGUUUUAUUGAAAUUAUCCCUGCGAGAGAUUCAUAUGAAUUUUUUUAAAU